AUGGCUACGUUUGAAACUCCGGCACAGGCGGACGUUCCGGUCAUAGCUGUAGAUGCAGAUCUAGCCGUGCCGACCCCAGUCCGCAGGCAGCCGGUCGUCAAACCUCCUCUCAAUGCGCAACAGCUGCUGGAAACCAGGGUAUCAGUCAUCCGGGAAGGGGAUAACGUCAUGCUGAGGCUACCUAGCGACGUUAUUCGAGUCGUUACGGUUCAGAAGGAAGGAAUCAUCUCGAUUGGCAAGUUUGGGUCUUUCAACACUUCUGAAUUGAUUGGAAAGCACUAUGACGUUACAUACGAGGUUGUUGUGCCUCCCGGAGCUGGCGGAUCGAACAGCGAGGUGCCCUCGAGAAGCGGCACUCCUGUCAACGAUGCUACCGCAAUGGAGGUCGAUAGCGAAGAAGCGAGUGCUGCAGAGCAACCUGCCGUCGUCGAGCAUCUUCACGGAAAGCGGGGAGCUAAAAAGAUCAAAGGCAAGGGCAAGGAGAAGGAGCCGGUGAUAGAUGAGACUGAUGCCACUAACGAACUCAUCGAUGACAACCCCGAUCUCGUCACUUCGACGCAAUCGGCACUACUCUCAUCCGAGGAGAUUGCCGACCUGAGAAACCAGGGUUUCACGGCUGAGGAUAUCAUCCAGAUGCAGAUCGAGAGGCAUGACCGAUUCGGACUCAAAACCGAGUUCAGCAAAGACAAGUGGAAGAAGAGGAAGGAGAAAAGAUACACCCAAGCUGUGACACCUCUGGCACCGACAGUCAACAACAUGAUCGAUUACCAUCUCGCUAGAUCAUCUGCAAAUAUCUUGAACAUCCGUCGAGAUAGCAUCUCACAACUCCUCAACCUUGCUUCUAUCCGCCCUGGAGGCCGAUACCUCGUCGUGGAAGACACUUCUGGUCUGGUCCUGGCUGCUAUCCUGGAACGCAUGGGUGGACAAGGCAGGAUCAUGGUCUUGAGCGAGAACGAGUCUCCCCCCGCUUGGCCCAUCCUUGAGUCGAUGAACUUUGGAAAGGAUAUCGUCGAGAAAUGUGUCGGCGUCUUGAACUGGGCUCAAGCCGAGGAGGAUUACGUUCCGGUCGAGAUGGUGCAACCGGAAAGAGAAGAAACGAAGCAGAAGGAGCUUGCCAAGCAGAGGAAGCGCGAUGCCGUAUUGGCGGAGCUCAACGGUUUGCGUGACGAGCUGCAUCAAGGCAACUGGGAUGGCUUGAUCUCAGCCUCGGUGUUCUCUCCAGGCUCCAUCAUCGAGCGUCUCUGUCCUUACCUGGCUGGCUCGGCCAGUAUCGUCCUCUACUCGCCUUAUCAGCACGUCCUGGCUCAGACCUUGAAGACGAUGAAGGAAAAGCCAGAGUUCCUGGCACCCAACCUGACCGAAAGCUGGAUGAGGAAAUACCAGGUGUUCCCUGGCAGAACUCAUCCGGAGAUGCAGACCAGUGGUACCGGUGGAUAUCUCCUACAUGUCACUUGGGUGUGA